AUGUCGAAAUCGAAAGACGGCCGCUCCAUGGAGGGCUCUCACCAGGAUUACAUCGCAUCGCUGCGCUACCGAAAUGAUCUGCCACCACCUGAUAUCCCUCCGAAAUUCCUCGAUAUCCCACAUGAGGGGCUGGAACGGUUUCUGACCCCAGGCUUUGCCUCGAACCUGGCGCGGCGCGAGGAGCCGAAUGUCGACGUCGACGCUGAAGGUGGAAUGCCAAUUGAUCUAGUGGGUAUUCCAGGGCUUCAUCUCGGUGAUGAAAGCGCGAUCAUGGCCCCCGAAACCGCACCGCCUGUCGACCCGGCUGACCUUCCGCUGCUUAUGACGCUGGAUCAACUAAGAAACCCGGCUCCCAAGAACGUCAAUGUCAGUUUCCUGCGUCGCACACAGUACAUUUCGGCGGGCAACCGCGGGACGGAAGGGAUGAAAGUUACUUCAGGUCGAGUGAAGCCGCGGCCACAGGACAAAACCAAAGUAUCUCUGGACGACCCUAGCUACAUCAAAAAAUACAUCCAGAAAGGAUUCGACAUUGCAUACCCAGGAAGCAAGCAUUCCGGCGAAGAGACAGCGAGCAAGAUCAAAGGGCACUCGGCUUCUAAGGCUGACCUUGACGCGUGGGCUCACCCUGUGCACCCGAGUAACCCAAAGCUGAAACCGGUCGGUUUCUAUCCUCUCCUGCCGGAUCUUCAAGGAUUCCCGGAUCCUGGAGGAUUCGUCCAGUUCAAGUUUGACAAGGCUCCUAUCCCAACUAAGCCUGGAAGACGUGACCGGCGCAUGGACGUCGCGAUCCUUCUUCCCUCCGCUCCUGAAGAGCGCAUCUGCCAAGAACAUGCGACAAAGGUGACACUACACAAGUCUAACCCCAGUCGCUACCCCGACCCGGGUCCUGUUCCUUGGGACUACGACUUGUUUUUGCCGGAGAAGGAGGGGUCGAUUACGAAUGUUAUGGCAAGCUUAAGACUAUCCAACCCGGACCGGAAUGACGAGGGCUUGUACACGCACGAAGGCCAGGAUGACACCAAGUUCCACCGUUUCGACCGUGUGCGGACAUUUGCCACGAGCUCACAAACCCUUGGUAACGACCAGAAGCAGAGAGAUGUUGCGAUGGUGAUUUUCGACCCCGCAGAAGCCAGGGUAGAUCAGAUGGACCCCGCCCAGGCCAAGCAGAAAGCCGCCUAUUACUACCCGAUUCUGGGCAAGACACGUUUGAAGCCUGAACGAUCACGCACCAUUGCCCAAUCAGGACUGAGCUCUUCGAAGCCCAAGGCGAGAGAAGACCAAGUCGACCAGAUUCAAGUUCUCGUCCGAGAUCCCGAUGAGGCCGAAACAUAUAAACGAGCCCUGCACCGCGCUGCAAUCGACCCCCAAUUCGCCAAGUCCAUGCCACCGCCUCCCGCUGAGCCCGUCGAUGAAGACCACGAAUCGCCGGGUGAAAACGAGCAAGGCAUGCAGCAUCAGACCCAGAUACAAGAGGAUGACAACGACGACCGAAUGAGCGAGGAUUAA